UAACCAAACCCACUCUCUCAGUCGGCGUCUGGAGCUGCCUGCCUUUGCCCUCACCUUCCUGCGUGUCCCGGCGUUUUAAAACCCAAACACAAGAGAGAGGAAGACUACACUGCAUGCACAUGGGAGAAGGCGAGGUUUUUUUCAUUCCCGCACGUCGCACGAUGGCUUAUAUAUGAGGAGGACACUUUGGGAUGCGGACAUAAACAAGCGUCUUCGCGGAGAGAAGCGCAUGAGAAAACACAACGCUGUCCGUCUUCUCUCCUACACCGAGAAGGACUCCUCCCCACCUCGGCCGUGACACCUCCGGUAAAUCGCAGAGAAAGGAUAAUAGUCUUUUUUUUUUUUUUUUUUUUACGCUGGAGACGAAAGACCGAGUCUAACAUCACCGUUCAUCUGCCAGCGACUGACUGACUGUAUGGCUUUAAAAAGUUGCCUGGAGAACAUGGACAUCUGACGUGCGCCACACGGCGUCAUUGGACACAUUGAGUCUCUCUCUCUCUCUCUCUCUCUCUCUCUCUCUCUCUCUCUCUCUCUCUCUCUCUCUCUCUCUCUCUCUCUUUUCUCCAUCACCUCUUGGACAGACUAAUCCCCUUGCGCUUUGGGUUUUGGAGUAAGAAGAAGUGUUCAGCAGUUGUCAUUUGCCCUGACACAGGCUACAUCCAGUAGCUCCCCGCAUAAGGGGGACAUUAUCACACUGCCUGUUGUGCUGCGCAUUUGUGUGUGUGCGUGCGUUGAUCUCACUGUUUGUGCAUUAGUGGGGGAAAAUAUUUUUUUUUGCCAGCCCACGACGGAUUAGUCCGAGCUGACAUCCUGCAUGAAAUAAAGCAUAUGAUUCAUCCGGACCCUCGACCCGCACCGGAGAGAAAACACUGCGACGCGUUGGUUUUGUAACUUUAAAUUUCCUUCAACCUGAACAAGUGUCAUCUCAAGUGUCCCCCCCCACCCCCCACCCCAUUGAAUGGUCUCGCUAUUGCCUUCGCCCUUUUUCUAUGUUGUGCGCGUUUGUUUAGCAUUGACAACCUUGCGCCAGAAACACACGGCCACAUGUGAAUGAGACUCAUCACCUGUCCCGGUUGAAGCGCCCCGUACAACUCGACCGACUGACCCAACACUGAAGAGGAAUACGUGCCGAAGUUUCGCUGUAGUGAUGCUGCAAAUGGAAAUGGUCCUCUUCGUCUGCCUGGUGCUGUUGAUGUGUGUAUUUAGCCAGGAGCCCAGUUCCAAAGUGGUGGCCGACCGCUACGCCGUCUUCUGGAACCGGACCAACGCCAAGUUCCAUCGUGGGGACUACCACAUUGACGUGUGCAUAAACGACUACCUGGAUGUCUAUUGCCCUCACUAUGAAGACACGGUGCUCGAGGAGCGGACGGAGCGCUAUGUCCUCUAUAUGGUUAACUACGAUGGCUACAGCACGUGCGACCACACCGCCAAGGGCUUCAAGCGCUGGGAAUGCAACAGGCCGCACUCCCCGAACGGGCCACUCAAGUUUUCAGAGAAGUUUCAGCUCUUCACUCCCUUCUCCUUGGGCUUCGAGUUCAGACCAGGCAGAGAAUACUACUACAUCUCCUCCACCAUUGCUGAGAACGGGAGAAAAACAUGCCUGAAGCUCAAAGUUUUCGUCCGACCAUCAAACAGCUGUGUGAAAACUAUAGGCGUACAUGACCGCGUUUUUGAUGUAAACGACAAAGUAGACAAUACAUUAGAACCACGAGACGAUACCAGCCACGAACCGGCUGAGCCUUCCCGAAGUGACGAAACAAACGCUGCGCCGCACCUGCAGAAAACAUGUCCACUCCUGGCUUUGUUGCUGGUCUGCCUACCAACACUCUUCACUUUAUAGCGCCUCCCUCUGUCCCAGAGGGCAUUAACACCUAGCGUGGCCUGAAUCUGCCCAAGGCUGCAGGGAAAGGGGCGGGAUUUGGGUGGAGCGUGUUUGCUUGAUUGGGGAUCAGAGCAGGAACCCUCUAUUUUUUUCAGAAAUAUAUUUAAGUGGUCUUUCUCCGUCUGUGAGUAAAAAAAAGUUGAUGUUGGAAGUGGGAGAGAUAGUUCCCCCUCUUCAACCUUCAACUCAGAUGCCAAAUCCCGUUUUUUGACACUUAGUGAUUCUUAUUUUCCCGUGACUUUUUUGUGACAUCCCUUUACAUCAUGUUUAUGUCAUUGCAGCACAGAUGUUUACCCACACACACAUAGACAUAUACAGCACAUACACAUGCUUAGAGAGUCAAACGCAAAAAUCUACACAGUCAAUAGCAGUAGGGUUUUAGUUGUAUACAGUAGCAGCAUUACACAGUAGGAAAGUGAAGAUUCUAGGACUUAGAAAGGACUGUAUACACAAGUAAACAGUUGUCCCGAGACCUCUCAAGAAGCCUUUCAGAAAAUAUUUAGAUUAGUUCUGCUGGGUCACAGGAAAGCAUGUUGUUGCGCCUCUAUUUUACUGCCAAGUGCAGUAUAAAUCUGAAAGAUGGAAAGAAGGAAAAGAAGACGGUUUAAAGCAGAGGUUAAACUAGAAACUACAGCACUGAGAAAUACAUACAUAGCAUGCACCUUAGCCAGCCUUUCCUGGUUUUAAAAAUAGUGUCCAAUCUUCUCUCGAAUACAGAGUGUGUGCAUUAGGUGGAUAAGCUACUUAGAGCUUGAGUGAGUGGGUGUAAAACCCAUGGAACCAUGAGGCAACUUUUUCUUGUCCUCCUUUGUGUAAAGCACGCCGACCUGCUCAAUAAAACACCAUUUGGCUUUUGGUUCACUCCAUCUCACAAAACAGCUAAAUUGAAACUUUCUCUCCAGACACUUUGUGGACUGCUAUUAAGAUCGAGGAUCGAUAUCUUUUGAAAGUUGAUCACACAAUUUCACGGCAAGAGUCACAGUUAUUUUAUGCAAUGUUUACUGAGCUGGGCAGCAAUUGUUCUCUCUCUUCCAUUUGAGUAUUAGUCGAUAUUAACACGCCCAUAAACAUUUGCAUCCACAGCUUUUUUUUCUCUGAUUCUGAUUGUUUUAAAAUGAUUCACAGCUAAAUUGGACACUUUUUUUCUAAACCAUUAAGUUAUUUUACUUUGCCACUAGUGUCAAAUAUUGAAGACACUGUAAACUAUGUAUUUUUGUAUUGUCUGAAAUCCACUUAAAUGAGAGAGGUCAUGGGAAAGUGUUUGAAAAGACACUUCACAUAACCACAGCUUUGACCAGCUCAUCAAAAAUUAGUUAGCCGGUUUUCACAUUCAGUUUUAUUGAAGCAGUUAGCGCAGCAUUUACAGGACUGAUGCCUAGCUCCAAUUAGUUGAAAACACAUUGUGUGAUCAGAGAAACUAUCAGUUUAAUUCAAGGCAAUGCACAGCUCUAUUUAGUCUAGCCAGGUUUAUGUUAGCACUUACAUUCAAAUGAAUUUACUGUGUUAUAAUGAUAUUCCGUUUCCUUCAGCUCCCACAGAUGCACAUGGCGAGUUAGCAUAAUGAAAGCUAUUAUCUCUUUUUUCAAACGGAAGGGACUUGUUUCUUUGCUUUCUAAGAAGUAUGGACAGAGAAAUUAACUCUGCUGAAGCCAACUUCCUUUCAGAGUCAGGUUUUUGUAUGAGAAAUAGGGCACCAAUUGGUUUGGAAAGACAGAUAGAAAGAGAGAAGUAGAGCAGGAAAAAGGAAGAGCACAGGAGCAAUUGCAUGUCCACCUUCAGCUCCUAGUGUUACUGGUUUAAGUGACUCUUUAAUGAGGUUCAAAAUGACAGGCAUGUGGACCCCAUGUUGUGGCAAGGGGAGUUAUUUCUGGUAUUAAAAAUAGAUGGUGGAAGGCUUGGGGGGUCUCGGGAGGGGGGUGUAGAUUUCCACCAUGGGGGGUUUUAAAGCACCAAUGACCUUGCAGUUUGAGAGAAUUGGUGAGUGAAGGAGAGAAUUAAAGAGAGAGACAGACAUACGAAGAGAUAGAAAAGACAUGGGAGGUAGCGGAAGGUAGUGUGACUAGAGUGCCUAACAAAACAAAACAAAACAAAACAAGACAACCUUAAAAUCCACACAACACUACUGGAAAAAAAACCCUACCUGAUUCAAUGACAAACUUACUGUUCAGUGUCAUUUUGUUAUUACCGUUUCAUUUUUAUGGCUGCCUUUUUUUCUGCUUUUUUUACCCCCGGAAAGACUGCCUUUGCCUUUAGCCAUUUGUUUUUUUUGCUCUAUGGUAACAAUGCUAUUACAGUGGAAUAGCAGCUCAGCUAUGGGGGGUAAAAGGAGACGAGGCCAUUUAAUGAGGUACUAAUUUUCAGGAGAACACCACAGGGAAUGAGCACCGCAUAAGAUUCAAAAUGGACGCUUGUCAGCAGAUUAACACUAGACUUUUAUCAGAAACCAGCUUCAAUUGUACUCUCUUAUAGUUACCAAUACUACUAUUUGUCAUUAUUGCUAUUAUUACCAUGGUUUAUUCUGUACACACAUUAACCUGGGAAAUGAGGAUCAACUUAUAAACUGGAUACUGUGUAUCCUGAGGUAGUCGACCAUAAAACAAUGUAGUGUUAGGUUAGUAUCUGUUUUGUACCUUUCUGGAGGACAAAAGAAAAAAAUGAGAUACAUCAUUGUUAAAACUGUAUAAUUAUUAUUAUUGUUAUGAUGAUGAUGAUUAUGACUAUUAUUAUUAGGAAAACUUCUUGAUGUAAAUAGUGUUUGAUAUUAAAGUAUUAAUUUGGUUCUUAUGUCUUUUCUAAAAAAUGAAUACGGUAUUAUCUCUGGGUUUUGCGGAGUGUGUACUGUCCUCAAACAAUGCAUUGUGUGCUUUGAUCCUCAAUGCCUAAUGAAACUUUGAGCUAAUAUGAAGGGGAAACCUGUGGGAGCUGUACAUCAGUGUACAGAAGGCUGGACAUUAGCCAAAUGAGUGGCUCACCUGUUACAUGUUUCAAACCAGUCACCAACCUUCACCAUCUCUUCACAUAAGGAUCCUGCCUUGGAAAGAAACACUUGGGUCUUAAUGGACGGCUUAUUUGUACUUUUUUGCCUUCAGUGUUCGAAAGCAUGUUGGUCAGCUCCAAGAUCUGCCAUAAGUGGACUGUUUGCUUUUUAAUGGAAGGAUCUUGCCAGUUUCAUUAUGUGGCAUGCGCAUGAACUUAAUGACAUGUAAAAAAAAAAAAAAAAAAAAAAAGAACAAAAAAAAGUUUUAAAAAGAUAGUUUUUCUUUUGCUCUUAUUUUCUUUUUCUUUAAGACGUGUUAGAUUUUUCUGAUCACUUUCAUGUUGUGUGUUUUUUGCAUCCCCAUUUGAGUGACGUCAUUAAGCUGUGUAGUGACAGAUGACAAAUGUACAUAACACAAACCAUUGUUGUGAAGUUACAGUGGGGGGGCCAGUCAUUUUGUAGUUCAAAAGCAACUUUUUUUUUCUCUAAGAAUGACUCUUUCUGUACCCAUCUACUGAAUUCAUCCCAUGUAGUUGCAGUCUGUCUCUUCUGACUAUUCAUCCUUUUUCUGCUCUCCCGAGAGGAGGUUUUUGGGAGUGUAUACAUCAGUGUGUGGACGUUUUUCAGUGUGAAAAAAUGUGUGAGACCUUUGAGUUUGUGUGUGUGCGUGUCUCAUUUGCUGUUGCCGCAGUGAAUGGGAAGCGGCAACCCUCUUUGGCAACGAAGAGUGUUUCCCAUGCCUUAGCCCUUCAGCCUCUGCCCUGGCAGCCCCGUCUGUGUACAAGACGCUUUCUGCCAUUGUGCUUUUACACGAAACGGCUGCUGGCGUCGAAGAGACUACAACAGGGGCCCUUCACUUUCUCUCCCUUUUUAACAACCCUGACUCACUUGUCCCCACGGUAGAGGUUGGUCCUGGGCACAGUUCAAGGGUUAGUGCGCCCCCUCCACCAAAUCCUGAACUGGAUUGUUAGCGGGGUAGAGGCUAUCAUCAAUCCAGGUUCUGUGCGUACGGGGCCAAAGCCUCUUCGUCAGCUCCCGCUCUUGCUGAAGAGCCACUUGUUCAUUUUUGUGCACCUGUCCUGUCCCAUUCUUCUCGUGCUUGUAUAACCUCCACCACACCACCUGCUGUCCUUCUUCCCUCACCUUUGAACCCCGCGCUCCCACUUUGCCAUCAGUGGGGAAUAUUUCCAACCUGCUCUUUUACAGUAUAUAAACAACAACAAAAAAAUGGACAAAAAAGUAUCUGUAUUUGUAUAUACACGUGUCUGAGCAACUAUGAGUAAUACAAUAAAAUGGAAAUACAUUGCUUUGA